AUGGGAGUGUUACUUUUCUUCAUUGUAGCAAUUGCAAUCUCAAUGGCUUCUUCUCCUUUGUCACUAGCUUCUAGAGGAGUGUUGUUGGAUGUCCGUUAUUCACCACCAUCUAAACCCCCUCAACAACCACCAUGCCUACCUUAUGUAGCACCGCCAUCUGAUGGCCAUGAACCACCUUCUCGAUACAAUCAACCACCUCCAUCGCCAUCAUCACCUCCACCCCCACCUUUUCACAGUUAUUCUUCGCCGCCACCACCUCCAAAGUCCCGCAAUUAUCCACCUCCCCCUAGUGACCAAACACCACCAAAGAGCCCACAUUAUCAUAAUCCACCUCCUCACACUACUUAUCCGCCAUCACCACGAUCACGCCGUCAUCCGCCACCACCACCCAAAACUCCGCCACCAACCCCAACAUUACCACCACCAUCACCAUCACCAUCACCACGUCCUCCUUAUAUUAAUCAAACUCCACCGGCACCAGCUCCAAUAAACAAACCACCACCACCAUCAUGCCCGACCUCACCACCAUCGCCACCACCUCCACACAAGAAAACUCCCCCACCACCCGCCCCAGUAAAUAACAACCCACCACCAUAUAAAGCUCCACCACCAACCCCGACCUCACCACCACCACCAACUCCAUCACCAUCACCAGCACCAACCCCAAUCUCACCAUCACUACCUCCUUAUAUAACAACUCCACCAACACCAACCCCACUUAAGUCACCCCCACCACCAGUCUCACAACCGCCACCCUCACCAUGUGGCUACCAACCAAGUACUCCUUAUAGACAAACUCUUCCGGUACCAACCACGCAAUAUAAACAACCUCCGCCGUCAACAUAG